UGCUUCCUGAUAUCUGGCCAUUGAGACACAUUUGAAGCUAAGGGCACUGUAAGCGUAUUCUCUAUGUUCCAAGUGUUUUGACAUAUUUGACACAGUUAUUGUUACAUUCCUACACUGGAUGAGGAAGCUUCAACAUUUGUGAUUAAGCUCUGACGAGAAAUGAAACAGGAGCACCAGGAUCUCAUCCUGCAGGCGUGUGGUGCUUCAUCUCUGCGUGUUGGUGCAAAGAUCCAGACACUGUGGAGCGGUUAUGGGGAGAUAGUCAGGCUGCACCUGCAGGGCUGCGACCGGCCCUCUGUGGUCGUCAAACACGUCAAGUUCCCAGAGGAGGCCGAGCACCCUGGCGGCUGGAACACAGAUCGCUCCCACAGACGUAAAGUGAGAUCCUACCAGGUGGAGACACACUGGUAUCAGAACUAUUCCACCAAUCAGAGCUGUCGGAUCCCGGCCUGCCUGGCUGCCUGUUCCCAUGGAGAUGAGAUGCUGAUCGUGCUGGAGGAUCUGGAUGUGGCUGGUUAUGAUCAGAGAAGGACCAGUGUUAAGGACAGAGAAAUAAAGGCUUGCCUCAGUUGGCUUGCCCACUUCCAUGCUCUCUUCCUGGGUGUGGCACCAGAGGGCCUGUGGCCUGUCGGUACAUACUGGCACCUGGAGACUCGGCCAGAUGAAUUGGAGGCUAUGGACAACGCUGAAGUCAAAGCAGCAGCCGGCGACAUUGACAGGAUACUCAACGAAUGUCACUUCAAGACCAUCGUUCACGGAGACGCCAAGUUAGCCAACUUCUGUUUUUCCCAGAGUGGUCAAGAUGUGGCGGCUGUGGACUUUCAGUAUGUUGGGGCGGGCUGUGGGAUGAAAGAUGUCGUGUAUUUUUUAGGAAGCUGCAUGGAGGAGAAGGAGUGUGAAAAGAGGGUACCAAAGCUACUGGACUACUAUUUCACAGAAUUAAAGCUAUCUGUGAAAAAAGAUGUAGACUUUGCUGCCCUAGAGAAAGAGUGGAGAGAGAUGUUUGCAUUUGCCUGGACAGAUUUUCAUCGUUUUCUGCUGGGAUGGAUGCCUGGACACUGGAAGAUCAACCGGUACAGUAAACAGUUGACCAAGGAGGUUCUGCACAGACUGAAAAAGUAACCAGAACCAAAACCUACAGCAAACUAGACAACUGAGUAUGUGGCUAGAAGAGGACUAGUUUGAAUCUGUAAAUCUGUAUAUGGACAAAUUAAUUACUCACAAACAAACACCCAAGUCCUUCUUCAUCUGUGUACGGUGAAGCAUGAUUAUCAAACCAUUCUGAUGGAUAAUGGAUGUCAUGUGAAUUGAAAAGGAUGAUGGUGAGAACGGAAAGAAUCACUGGAGUGUAAACCUACUGAAAUUAUUUUUACACCCUAUUAAAUCAUUGAAAAUAA